AUGAACUUAUCUCUAUUGUUGCUGAUGCUGCUGCUGCUGCUGCUGUGCGUUCUGCCCGGCAGCAGUGGUCACAAUCACCAUCAUCACCAUGAUGAUCAUCACCACAACCACGAUCAUGCUCUGGAAGACGAAGAAGCAGUAGCAGAAAAAGACGACAGAAGGCUAGACAAGAUGACCAAGCAGCAAGCACAACAACAAGAACAACACUAUGGAUCCCAAGGACAAUACAAAUCCUUUCGUCAAUGGACACAGAGUUCCGAUUUCAAGACAACGGGUGCCCGCUGUGGAUCGCACGCCAGUGUCGAUGGAACCGCCAAAGCCAAGCAAACAUAUGCCAAGUGGAUGAAACAACAUGACUGUGACGACGAGACUGGAAACUGUCCCUACAUGCAGCAUUUACGCAUGGGACACAGUUUUCGAACCAUACAAGUCUAUUGGCACAGUAUUCAAAAGACACAAGGAACCGAGGGAGCAUCCGAAACUGUCAUUUGGGAUGCCAUGGAUGUAUUGAAUUCUGCCUUUGUAGGGACCGGAUUCCAAUUUGAUCUAAUGGAUAUUACUGUCACAAACUACACACCCUACUGGGAAGCAUCCCGGCAAUCCCAAGACGAGUUCGACAUGAAAGCGGAGUUGCACAGAGGGAGUUGCGAGCAUCUCAACAUUUACUCCACGGGAGCAGACGGCUUGUUGGGAUGGGCAUGGUUCCCAUGGGAUUGCGAAUCGUCCGAUUGGUAUGAUGGAGUCGUACUCAACUACAAUACACUGCCCGGAGGGAGUGCCUUUCCCUACAAUUUGGGAGAUACAUUGACGCAUGAGGUCGGUCACUGGCUGGGAUUGUUCCAUACAUUCGAAGGAGGAUGCAGUGCCAAUGGGGACUUUAUAUCGGAUACCCCUGCCGAAGCGUUCCCGGACUACGAUUGCGAACAGAAUAGAGAUUCCUGCGGAGAUGGAGGUCGGGCCGAUGAUGUGACCAACUUUAUGAACUAUGGACCGGAUUCUUGUAUGGACCAUUUCACCAUUGGGCAAGUGGGAAGGAUGCACGCUGCAGUAUCCGCAUAUCGACCAAAGCCGCCACGACCUUGGCCAUAUUAG